AUGGAAAGAACUAUAGAUAAAGAGACAGUUCUGAUGUUCAUCAAAGCAUAUUAUACAUCUUUUGCACAUGAUCCACAGUCCCUUGUAAAGUUUUAUGAUCCAGAAUCAUAUGUUUAUCGUCCAGGUAUGGAAGGCAGUGUUGGCAUUAAAUUUGAAGAUGCCAAAGAGCAGAUUGUUAAUUAUACAAAACUUGGUUCUACAGUAAAUGUUAAAAACUAUCAGAUUUUACCUAUUGCUGAUAAAACAAACGUAAUAGUUAACGGAACUAUCGAAUAUGAAGGACAAAUAACUUCAUUUACACAAUUCUUCACUAUUGGAUUUAGAAAUCAAGCAGUUUGGAUAUUAUCAGACUCAAUAACAGAUUUCAAUGCAUCAUUGUCAGAAGAAGAAUUAACGAAAGAUCUAGUUGAACCACAAAGAAAUGAACGCCAUCAUUAA